AUGGCGCAGGGAGUGUACACCUCGCCGCGCGCGAUGCUGGAGGAGGGCGGCGGGCAGGGGCAGGGGCGUGGGCAGGGCGGGCGUGUGCAUGUGCAGCGCGUGCUGGACACCAGCUUCAGCCUCACCCGGGGCAGCAUCAGCCACGUUGUGGCCGCAUCGCCGCCUGACGUGGCGGCGCUGCUGGUGUUUGAAGAGCUGGCGCACAUGACGCGGGAUGCGGCGGAGGGUAAGAAGGUGCUUGAGUUUGUGAUGCGCUACCUGGACGCCGGGGGGCGCUGGCUGGGCACGCCGGUGCUGGAGACCAGCGCCGCAGUGCUGCAGCAGGCGUGCGAGCAGGAGCACCAGCGCUACCUGCUCUUCUCCAGCCUGCUGCGCCACGUGGUGGCGGCGGAGCAGCUGACGCCCGCGGAGCGCGGCGCCGUGCUGCGCCUCGCGGUGCACGAGAGCAGGCAGCUGGAGGCGGCGCUGGCGGCGCCGGCGCUGCUGCUGGCGCUGCGCGAGCUGCCCGCUGUUAUCGCCAGCCACGGCGGGCCUGGGCAGCAGGUGCCGCCGAUGCCGCCGCCCUCCACGCCGCCCCGUGCCGCGCCGCUGGGUGCGGCGCCAGACGGCGGCGCCCCGGCGGCGCAGCAGGAGCUGGAGCUGGUCGCUGUGGCGGCGGGGACUGCAGCGCCCGCCAGCCUGCAGCCGCAGGUGCUGGCAGCGGUGGAGCAGCUGGCUCGGCGGGUGGAGGACAGCGGGCAGCUGCUGGAGGCUGUGGCCAGCACUGUGGCCAAGCUGCGCGGCGCGGCGCCCAUCUCCACGGCGGCGCUGCAGUGCUGCGUGGCGGCGGGGCAGGCGGUCGCCUUUGCUGCGCCCAAGGCGUCCAAGGGGGGCGGCAGCGCACCGCGCACCUUCCCCUCCUUGCUGCUCCACGAGCUGGCCGGCAUCGCUGUGAGCUGGGAGCCGCAGCAGCGGCUGCUGGCCCACCAGCUGCUGCUGCAGCUGCUGCCCGCGGCGGUGGAUGGGCUGAAGGAGCAGCAGGCGGCGCUGCUGCUGUCGACGGUCUGGCACGAGGCGGGGCUGGCAGCCAGCGGGCCGGCCGCGUAUGUGGCCAUGGAUCGCACGCUGCGCGCCCUGCUGGCAGCCGCCCCCGCCGCAGCGCUGCCCCAAGCGCUCAAGCUGGCGGCAGCUCUGCAGCUGGAGGUAUUGGAGGCGGGCAACGGCUCGGCGCCGGCGGACGGUGGCCGCUUGGCGGUGCUGAGCGCGGCCCAGCUGUGCGCGGUGCUGUGCAUGUGCCGCUCCCUGCUGGCCGCGCUGGCCGCUCAGCUGGGGCAGCCAUCGCUGCAGCAGCUUGCCGCACCCGGCUGCGAGGGCGCGCUGCAGCAGCUGGCGGUUGUGCCUGCGCAGGGGCUGGUGCUGCGGGGGCCGGACAGCGGGAACGGCCUGGAUGGCGCCAGCCCAGAGGCAGCGGGCAGCCAGCGGCAGCUGUUCUGGCAGGGCUCGGCGGUGUCGCUGGCAUUCAGCGCUGAGGACCAGCAGGGCGCGGAGCGCUUCCUGGCUGGCUGGCGCCAGGCAACCACGGGCGCGGCGCAGCAGGCCGCGCUGGCGUCGGCGUUGGCGGCGGUGCCUCUGUUCAAGCAGCAGGGAGGGGCGGGCGCGGGGCCCUUCCAGCCCAUGCCCCUGGCCUCACUGAUGCCGCGCCUCAUGCAGGCAGGCGGCGACUACUCCGCCAACGGCUCCCACGGCUCCAGCGACAACAGCAAGCGCGUGCAGCGGCUGCGCACCAUGUACCGCCACAUGCGCCAGAUCUCGCUCUGCGACAGCGACCGCGCGGCGCUGGCCACUAUAUCGCAGGAGAGCGCGGCGGAGGAGCCGGCGGGCGCCACGCUGCAGAUGCGCGGCCUGGUGCUGCCGUGGCUGACCGGCAGCGAGGGCGGCGGCGGCGGCGGCGAGGGCGCGCCCACCUCUGCCGUCAAGUCAGUUGACGAGGUUCUGGCAGAGGUGGACUCCGCCCUGCAGGCAGCAGAGGAGGCCAUGGAGCGAGGGAGGAGCCCCUAG